ACGGAUACGCUUGUUCCGACGGCACAACGAAGAGGGCUCGACGUAUAGUGGUGGGAAAUAACACUGUGGACUAUUUUUCAGUUGUUGUCAGUGUUCUGUGUUACUGUGCAGUGUGGUGGACGUGAAAAAAUAAACAUGAAGCCACUAUUUUCAAUAGUGGUCACCAUAUGCCUGGUGCUCGCCGUCAGAGCCGAAAGCGAAAAACUCAAGCAAGGUAAAGAGCCCGCACAUGAAGCCGAACCAAGCGACCCUCAAGCGAGGAAAGAACGCUGCAGCGCUUGUGCGCCAAACGCUAAGCUAAACCUCAAAAACCCUAAAGAACUGCUUGCAGCGAUACAGCAGCUGCCUGGUGAAUUACACACACAACAGACCUUUGAAGGAUGCUCGUCUGACAAAGGCUGUGCUGGCAUCAAAGUCAAAGAUGGUCAAGUUAUCCAGAAAUUUGGAAACCUAGAAGCAUUCAAGCAAGCAGCUGCUCAGGAUACUGCUAACGAAUUUAAUUUCCACGAAGCUGGAAGCAGCGUAUUCCAGAAAGGCGGCCCUUUCUGGUGGGCGGGUAAGAACUCUCCCUUCAAAAAUUCCGGAGCCGCUUACGAGAAAUUCAGUAAAACCAGCUCUAGCUACACCAGUACUGGAGGUGGUGUCGAUUUCUCCUCAAACCCUUUCUUGAACGGUGACUUCUCAAAGCUUUCCGGAGGUUUCAGCAGUGCUGGUGGUGCGAGCGCUGGUGGUGCCGGCGCUGGUAGCGUUGGAAUCGACAAAUUCCAAUCAUCUUCAUCAUCUUUUGAGUCAUCGUCAUUCGGCAAAGGCCAAUUGGAUCUCUCCCAAAAUCCAUUCUUGAACGGAGGAGCUGGUCAAUUCGGUGGACAAUCUGGAUCCGGCGCACAAAGCGGAUUCGGCGCGCAAGGCGGAUCCGGAGCACAAAACGGAUUCGGCGCGCAAGGCGGUUUCGGCGCUCAAGGCGGAUCUGGCGCACAAAGCGGUUUCGGCGCGCAGAGCGGAUUCGGCGCGCAAGGUGGAACUGGCGCACAAAGCGGAUUCGGCGCACAGAGCGGAUUCGGCGCGCAAGGCGGUUCUGGCGCACAAAGCGGAUUCGGCGCGCAGAGCGGAGCUGGUUUCUCUGACUCCACCCAGGGCUACGUCGGAUCUUCUCCGAGCCCAUUCUCAGCCUCUACAGCUGGGUCGAACAUUAACCUUAUCCAGAAUGGUCAGAAAGGUUUUGGUUAUGAACAGAACGUUGAUGAAGCAUUCCAGAGCACCGGUAAUGUGCUAGGAUCUGACCAGGGAGACUUGACCCAGACCUGCGCAGGCCAGGGGUACGUGUGCGUGCCCAGGGCCCAGUGCAACAACGGUGUCGUCAACGCGAAUGGAGCCAACAUCCUGCAAGCCAACACUCAGAAACAAUACUGCAACCUGCGAACGGAAAUCUGCUGCAGAAUCGAAGUCUCCUCCCUAUCAGGCGCCAAUGGCGUCUCAGGAUCCGGCCUCGGAAUAGAUUCCGCCACCUUCUCCGGCUCGAACCAAGGGUCUGGUCUUUUCUCUGGUAGCCAAGGCUUCGGAAGCUCUUCAGGCUUCGGCAGUUCGAGCUUUGGUUCCAGUUCCAAUAACGGUUAUGGAUCCAGCGUUGGCACAACAUUGGCCCCUACCAGUCCAGGAAGUUUCAGCUCCAGCCAGCCUAACUUCAUCGACACUGAUGCUUUCGCUUCUGGCAGCGAGUUUAGGCCUGGCGCAACUGGCUUGAAGCCUGGCAUCCCCUACCUUCCCCCUGUUGAUAGCUCCAACAGCCCAAGCAACAUCGUUCCCUCAACAGUCUACCCUACGUCUUUUGUGACCACUCCCAGGCCAAUCACUCCUCGCCCAUUCACAACGCCUAAACCGACGUACCUUCCUCCCGUCCCGUCUACUUCCGCUCCAGGAUAUUUACCUCCAAUCGAUGAGUCUCCCCUUCCUUCCAAUCCCAAAGAGGUAAUAGUGCCACCUUACACUGAGGGAGGCAUUAUCCUCGAACAGAACCGUCCGGGGACACCCAGGCCCUUCAUUCCCGGACCUUCUCCAAGUGAAAUUCCUGCCGGAUGUGCCGCCGCUCUGAAAUGUACCCCGAUUGAGUUCUGUACUGCUGAUGGCAUCAUCUCAAACACAUCUGUCUUCUUGACUAGGGAACAGGAGAACUACAGAGUUCCGUUGACGGAUUGCAAAGACAUUGAAAGCGGCCGCAUUGGCAAGUGUUGCCGUGAUCCGUUUUACACGGACCCCUGGCCAACUAACCAACUCGGAAGAUGGGUGCCCGGAGUGUUCGGUGGAAACGACGGUAAAUACGUUCCGGAUAGCAGACAGAGCCCGAGUAACAACCCAAGGCCCCAAGUGACUGCCAGGCCACCUAACGCUGGAACUACUCUCUUACCAGUCUUUAGGGGCACAGAGGUACCACCACCAGGCUAUGGCAACACCCCAGUAUUCCCAGGAACUACCGUAUCACCAACACCUGUCGGACCAGGACAAUAUGGCCAACAAGGUAUUGGAUUAAUUGGCCAACAAGGAAUUGGUGCAGUCGGUGUAGGAAAUCUCGGACAAGGCGUCAAACAGGGUGUUGGUUUUGGAUUCAACCAAGGUGUCGGAAAAGGCAUUAGGACGGGAGUCGGACAGGUGACCAUCGAUGGUACUAGAGUAAAUCAAGGUUUCGGAGGCUUUGGACAAGACCAGGGUUUCGACCAAUCCACUCUUCAGGGAGUCCAGACCAGCAAGGGCGUUGGAGUUCAGACGGGCACUGGUUACGGCGUCAGACAGGAAGGCGGUAUCGGCAUCUCACAAGGUAGUGGUCUCGGAGUUCGCCAGGGCACUGGAUUCGGUCUCAACCAGGGCGGUGGUGUUGGAGUGAGGCAAGGAAGUGGACUGGGCGGAAGACAAGGUGCUGGAAGCGGCCUCGGAGUUCGGCAGGGAGGUGGUUUUGGAGCCACUCAGGCUGGAGGCUUCGGUACAAAUCAAGGCGGUGGCUUAGGGCUCAAUCAAGGUGGUAUAGGUGGAGUAAGACAAGGUGCGGGCGUCGCUGGCAGCCAAGGAGGGCUUGGGGUAAGACAGGGAGGCGGCGUAGGGAUUAAUCAGGGCAGUGGUCUCGGAGUGGCUCAGGGGGGAGCCGGAGUGAGACAAGGCUCCGGUCUUGGCAUUAGUCAAGGUAGUGGCCUGGGGGCUACCCAGGGGAGUGGUUUCGGCGUAAGACAAGGCGCAGGAUUCGGUGCUAGUCAAGGCAACGCAUUAGGAGUUGCCCAAGUUGGCGGACUCGGCGGAAGACAAGGCUUUGGUACUCAAGGCUCCAAUGUUGCCAACAGCCAAGGAUUUGGGGCCCGAGGCGCUGGAUCUGGUAUCGGUCAAGGAAGUUUAGGCAGCCAAGCAGGGGGAUUCGGUGCCCAAGGCGGCCUUGGUGCUCGUCAAGUGGGCUUUGGUGGUCAAGUUGCCGGAGCCGGAGGAUUUGGUGGGCAAGGUGCCAGAGCCGGAGGAUUUGGUGGCCAAGGAGCCGGAGCCGGAGCCGGAGGCUUCAGAGGACAAGGAGCGGGUGCGGGAGGAUUUGCUAGCCAAGGAGCCGGUGCCGGAGGUUUUGCUAGCCAAGGGGCGGGUGCCGGAGGUUUCGCUGGCCAAGGAGCGGGAGCCGGUGGAUUUACCGGGCGAGGGGCGGGAGCCGGAGGUUUUGCAGGCCAAGGAUCCGGAGCAGGAGGUUUUGCUGGCCAAGGGGCGGGAGCUGGAGGGUUCGCAAAUCAAGGAGCGGGAGCUGGAGGGUUCACAGGUCGAGGGGCGAGUGCGGGAGGAUUUGCAGGCCAAGGAGCAGGAGCGGGAGGGUUCGCAGGCCGUGGUGCAAGUGCUGGUGGGUUCUCUAGCCAAGGGCUGGGAGCUGGGGGAAUUAGUGGGCAAAGAGCGGGUGCUGGAGGUUUCACAGGCCAAGGCGCAGGAGCUGGAGGGUUUGCUGGCCAGAGCGCUGGAGCAGGAGGGUUUGGGGGUCAAGGAAUAGGUGCCGGAGGGUUCGGAGGGCAAGCAGCGGGGGCUGGAGCCUUCGGAGCUCAAGGAGCGGGGGCUGUAGGGUUCCGAGGCCAAGGAAGCCAAGGAUUCAACCAGGGUGGCAGCUUAGGCGCUAACCAAGGGGGUGCUGGCGUAAGACAGGGCGGAGGAUUCGGGGCAUCCCAGGGCCAAGGAUUUGGACUCAACCAAGGAUUUGGAACCGGCGUGAGGUACCAAACUGGACAACGUUUGGUCCAAGGUGUUGGCCAAAAGGAGGUCGGAGGAGGAAUCUACACCAUCAACCAGGGCGGAUUCGGAGUGGAGAAUGAAUACAGCGAGUCCACAUACAGAGUGUUCCUCCAACGUUACUCUGGUUCUGGCCAAUGUGGAUUGUUGAAACCCCAAAAACCAUACGGAAACCGCAACGAGCUCGAGGUGGACUUCGCUGAGAUCCCCUGGCAAGCGAUGGUGCUACUGCAGACGAACAGGAGCCUGCUGUGCGGCGGUGUCAUCACCAGGCCUGAGGUGGUCAUCACUUCCGCUUCCUGCGUUGAUGGGCUUGACGCCAAGAACGUCCUCAUCAAAGGAGGCGAAUGGAAACUUGGAAUCGACGACGAGCCCCUUCCAUUCCAAAUCGUCCAGGUCAAGACCAUCAUCCGCCACCCUGAGUACCAGAGAGGCAGCCUGAAAUACGACGUGGCCAUCCUCGUCCUAGCAGAGAACCUCAGAUUUGCCAACAACAUCCAGCCGAUCUGCCUGCCGAGCCAGUCUGAUACCUUGGACGCGUUCUAUAACGGCGCUGGCGAAUGCAUUGUCUCUGGAUGGGGCAAGACUGUUCUGCAGGCCCAUCUCCAAGGCAGCAUUAUGCACGCCCUGAACGUCUCUCUGGUCAACCCUGGCGAGUGCCAAGCCAAGCUGUCGUCGGACUACCCGCAUCUCUUGGAGCAGUACGACCAAGACAGCUGCGUGUGUGGCCAGCCCACUAACCCUCUCAACAACAUCUGUAAAGUGGAUAUCGGAAGCGCUCUCGCCUGCACCACAGGUGACUCCCACUUCGUUCUCCGUGGAGUAUACUCUUGGGAUUCCGGCUGUCAAAUCGGCAACCAGAUCGCUGGUUUCUACAAAUUCGACAUCGAAUGGUACGAGUGGGCUAUUGGGUUGAUCGAGAGCGUUCGUUUCGCCAAAUACACCAAGGUGACCGUGGGCAAGGUCGGCACAGUGUCCACAGUAAAGACCACGCAGUAUACCACCGGCGUUAAAACCACUGGAGUCAAAGAGAUCUCCAAUGUAGGUGGUUCCGGCAAGAUUGGACAAUUCUCUCAAGUUACUGGACAAGCACAAAAAGGCGCCGUCGGACAAAUUGGAAUUGGCGGUCAAACUGUAACAAAAGUCAGUCAAGGUUUUGGACAAGCACAGACUGGUGGCGUCGGACAAAUCGGAAUUGGCGGUCAGACUGUAACAAAAGUCAGUCAAGGUUUUGGACAAGCACAAAAAGGCGGCGUCGGACAAAUCGGAAUUGGCGGCCAAGGACAAUUUGGUAUCACUGGUCAGACUGUCACAAAAGUUAGUCAAGGCUUUGGACAAACACAGACUGGUGGCGUCGGACAAAUCGAAACUGGCGGUCAAGGACAAUUUGGUGUCAAUGGUCAGACUGUCACAAAAGUUAGUCAAGGCUUUGGACAAACACAGACUGGUGGCGUCGGACAAAUCGAAACUGGCGGUCAAGGACAAUUUGGUGUCACUGGUCAGUCUGUCACAAAAGUUAGUCAAGGUUUUGGACAAGCACAGACUGGUGGCGUCGGACAAAUCGAAACUGGCGGUCAGACUGUAACAAAGGUCAAUCAAGGUUUUGGACAAGCACAAAAAGGCGGUAUCGGACAAUUCGGAAUUGGCAGUCAAGGACAAUUUGGUGUCACUGGUCAGACUAUCACAAAAGUUAGUCAAGGCUUUGGACAAGCACAGACUGGUGGCGUCGGACAAAUCGAAACUGGCGGUCAGACUGUAACAAAGGUCAGUCAAGGUUUUGGACAAGCACAAAAAGGCGGUGUCGGACAAUUUGGAAUUGGCAGUCAAGGACAAUUUGGUGUCACUGGUCAGACUGUCACAAAAGUUAGUCAAAGCUUUGGACAAACACAAACAGGAGGCGUCGGACAAUCUGGACAAGCUGGAAUUAGCGGCGUUGGAAAAUUUGGCUUGGCUGGCCAGGGUGUCACAAAAGUCAUUCAAGGCUUUGGACAAGCACAAACAGGCAGUAUCGGACAAGUUGGACAGUUAGGAGCCGGUGAGGCGUCCCAAUUUGGAGGCGUCAGCCAAUUCUCAAAACAAACUAAAUACAGCACAGGCAGGUUGGACUUGGGCCUGGAAAACAAGUCUCCCGUUACCAAGACAGUGACCACCACGUACACAUCGAGUGGUAAGAUUACUGGAGGGAAAGGAACUGGAUCCAGCCAAGACGCUGGCAAACUUAUAACAAACGGUUUUGGGCAGUUUUCUCAAGUUGGCGGUGGCAGUUCUGAACAAUUUAGUCAGUUUAGUACAGGAGGAGUUAAAGGAGUCGGUGGUGCAGGUGGCGCCGGAUUUAGUCAAAUCUCACAAGGACUUGGAGGUAAAGCCACUGGCCAAGGUUUUGGACAAUUUAGCCAAUUCGGAUCAGGAAAAAUCACUGAAGGAAGCCUGAAUUUCGGCACUGAGUUCAAACCAAUUACAAACAGUUUUAGCGCAACAUAUUCCGAAAAGAAAGUGUUCCAAACCGAGCCUAAAAUUAUUACCUACACCACCAAACCGGAGAUUGUAACGUUUACUACGAAACCGGAAAUUGUAACCUUUACUACCAAACCAGAAUAUUUUACAUAUACGACGAAACCUGAGAUAGUCACCUUCACCACCAAACCUGAAUACUUCACAUUUACAACCAAACCCAAAUUAGUAACAUAUACCACCAAGCCCCAAUACAUUACUUACCAGACAUCAGACACCAUCAGCAGCCCUCAGGUCGUAGCUCCAGAGGUCUCCUUCAAUCCCUCAUUCACGGAUGUAGUGGGCAAGCACAAACACAACGCGCAAUGCAAAUGUCUCGAAGGCAAACAGUAAUUUUUUAACUUUCUAAAUUGGUAACACAAUGGAGUAGACGUGCCAUAAACUAAAAAGAACAGUACAAAGGACUCCAGUUCCUAAGUUACCGUAACUUACCUUUUUUAUCUUUUUAUCAACGAACGAAUAUUUUUUUGUAUUUAUAAUAUCUGUAAAUAGGUAGUUUUAAUUACUGGAUUUUUAUGUAUCUUUUUUUAGUUCGCUAAAAUACUGCCACGUUUUAAAAAGUAUUAUUUUCUAUUCUGUUCUUUCGCUUAUAAGAGAAAAAAAAAUGUUUUUUAUAAGAAAAUUACGAUUAGACAUUUGACCAUUUCGACUUCGAUUAUGCCGAAAUGGUCGACUUUCUAAUUUAAUUGGUAUUUUUUUAAAUAUAUAUACAUAAAUAAAUAUAAGAUGUUUUUUAUGAAUACAAUAAGUAAUGUAUGUAUCACGUAUUAUUUUUCUAAUUAUCACAAUAAUUAGGAUUUUAAUAAUUGAAAUAAAUCGAUCUUUCACAAAUAAAA